AUGAAUUAAAUGAAUAUUUACAAAAAAAGGGAUUAUGCGGCAAGAACUUGCAGAAGUUUAAAUACUCAUGAUGCAAAAUCAAGAAGAUAAUUGUCCUAAAAAUAUUGUAACAUAAUAUUAUUAAUUAUCUAUUUUAGCAUAAAUGUUAGUUAUGUUUAUCAAAUAUAAAGUUAAAAAUUUUAAAUAUAUAACAAAGAAUGCCCUGAAAUUAUUGUUAAGUGUUCAGAAUGUUAAAAGAAACUUAAGAGAAUUGUAAUAAUAUAACAGAAAACUUCUUGUGAAUUCGUAGAAAUUGAAUGUGAGAAUUGCCAGUUUUCUAUAUAGAGAAGGGAAUUCAAAGAUCAAAGCAUGGCAAAAUGUUUUAAAAAAACUAAAAUAAACUAUUAAAGAUCAGUCAAUUUAAACGAUUAUUUAUAAUCUGUGAAGAACUUUCACAAUAAAUUAGCUUAGUCUCUUGGUUAUAGUAAUAAAUUAUAUUUUCCAAAAAUUAAACAAUAGGACAUUGAAGUUAUUCAAAAUGAUAAAAUUGCCUUUUUUAAAUUUAAAUGGCAAUAAGAAAGUGGAUAGACUGAUUGCUAUUAAAAAUUCAAAAAUAAAAUUAUUGAAAUUGAAUUUCUUCAUACUUUAGAUUUGCAGGCUUAUGUAGGAAUUACAAAGGAUCAAAUAUCAUUAAUCCAAAAGAUUAUUCAAAACUUAUUCGUUAAUCUUAUUUAUUUUGUGUUAAUGGUUUAGUGUAUGUUAAUGAGUCUAAAGAAGAUUAUGGAAAAAUUAUAAUUUUGCUUUCGCUAUAAGACAAAAAUUAGAACUGUUUUACAAUGA